UCCGCAUCUUCCAUUUAUACCAAUCUUCUCACUCACAUGAUCUUAUCAAUCUAUCUUGUUUCAUUUUUGUUUGUGCAAAAGAUUGAGAAUUUGUGAUUGAGAUUGCUUCCAUGGCUUCCAAGGGGCAGCAAUUUCCUCCUCAACCCCAAGCAACCCAGCCAGGAAAAGAGUACCUCAUGCACCCUCCUCCUCAGUUUUCAAGCCCCGAAUACAAACCCACCAACAAGCUUCUCGGGAAGGUGGYGCUCGUCACCGGAGGCGACUCGGGAAUCGGCCGAUCGGUGUCCUAUUGCUUUGCGCUCGAGGGGGCGACUGUGGCAUUCACAUAUGUGAAGGGGCAUGAGGAAAGGGAUACUGAAGACACGCUUCGAAUUCUCGAGGAGUGUCGGGUGCCAGACGCCAAGUCGCCGCUUGCGGUGGCCGCCGACUUGGGGUUCGACAAGGAUUGUAAGAGGGUGGUGAAAGAGGUGGUGGCAGCUUUCGGCCGAAUCGAUAUAUUGGUCAACGGCRCUGGAGAGGCACAUAAGGCAUCCGUAGAGGAGAUUGAUGAUAAGAGGCUAGAGAGAGUGUUCAGAACUAACGUAUUCUCUCAAUUCUUUAUGGUUAGGCAUGCCCUGAAGCACAUGAAGGAAGGCAGCGCAAUCAUCAACACGGCGUCGGUGGCGGCGUACAAUGGCGACCCUCAGAUGGUGGACUACUCAGCUACUAAAGGCGCCGUUGUCUCUUUCACUAGAGCUCUGGCUCUUCAACUAGCUAGUCGAGGGAUACGAGUUAACGGCAUCGCUCCGGGACUGAUAUGGACGCCAUUGAUUCCGGCAUCGAUUGAUAACGAAGAUAUUGAAAAUUUUACAAGCACUGCUCCGAUGAAACGAGUUGGUCAACCGAUCGAGGUUGCUCCUUCAUAUGUGUUCCUCGCUUGCAACUAUUGUUCUUCCUACUUCACUGGCCAAAUCCUCCAUCCCAAUGGUGGGAUUAUUGUAAAUGGGUGAACUAAUGUCAUCUUGGUGGAUCUUCAUCUCUCUCUAAAAAAAAAUUAAAAAAAAAAAGAAUAGUGUUCUUAUUUAUAAUUAUCUCCAAAUAAAAUAAAUAAAUGGAAGCAAGCUAUGAGGGAGAGCGUUAUUAUACAUAUGUGUAUCUCUUUUUCUUUGUUAUUAUUCUGAUAUUAUUUUAUUUUCUAUGUAAGUACUGUGCCUACAAGUGAAUCUUAAAUAAAAGUUAAGAGACUUCUAAAUAGUAAAUACAUGGAUUGCUGUCUUUAUUUCCCCUCAAA